UCCAGCCGGGAGGUGGAGAACUGAGCGGAGCUCAUCACCGCAGGCGGAGAGUGAACGGCGGACCGAGCAGACCGAGACGCAGCGGUGAAUGUAGGAGCGUCUGCGCCUCUUUCUGCGGGGCGCACAGCGGAGCUGCGGGACCAAGUCUCACAUUUCUGCAUCCUGACCUCCAGCUGGGAGUCCCGGUCAAGGAAUCAUGCUUCCCAUCGGGAUUGUGCUGCUGCUUUUCUGUUCAGGUGUGCUACCAUCCCAAGUGGAGAUAUUUUCCUUCCCCUCACCUGUUACUGAUUGUGUUGAAGCCCACCGUAUGUGCGCCACUGACCCACAGUGCGAGGCGCUGUACCACGGUCUUGAGCUGUGUGCAGCCGAUGCAGCAAUCGCCCCUCUGGACGAGCAAGUGGCGUCUGAGUGCCUGGAGAGACAAGAUGCCCUGUUGGCUAAACAUCCCUCACUUCUGGCCUGCAAGUGCCAACGAGGCUUCCGUAAGGAGGAGCGGUGCCUGCAUAUUUAUUGGAGGGUUCGUCUUCUGCCAGGGAAAGAUGAGCUGGAAGUUUCUCCGUAUGAUGACUCAUUAGUAGACACUCGUAUGGCUUCCCUGGUGGCAGCUUCGUCCUUCAUGCAACCGGAUGGUGAGAACCAGUGCCUGAAGGCAGCGCAGGAUUGCGGCCUUUACGAGAAGUGUGGCUCUCUGCGCUCUGAGUAUGUCCUGGCCUGCACCAAGCCACUCCCUGGGACCAGCCGAUGUAACCAGUACAAGUGCCACCGGGCUCUAAAGCGCUUUCUGGAGCGGGUACCUGAAGAGUACAGCCUGGGUGUUCUGUUCUGCCCCUGCUCCAACACUCUGUGUGGAGAGAGGCGGAGAAAAACCAUCGUUCCGUCCUGCUCCUACCAGGAUGCGGAGGGUCAGCAGCCAAACUGCCUCCACCAGCAGAGCUUUUGCCGCCGAGAUGACCUGUGCAGAUCCAGACUGGCUGAUUUUCUCAGUAACUGCUACCCAUCUCAUCACAAGGCCAGCGGAUGUUUGAAAGACUCAACGGGCCUUUGUCUCCGAGCCUACGCCGGACUCAUAGGUACCAUGAUGACGCCCAACUACGUCAGCAACAGCUCUGCUGACGUGUCGUUGUGGUGCAACUGUGAAGGCAGCGGCAACCAGUGGCAGGAGUGUCUGAGACUUCAGCAUCUUUUCACACACAACAUCUGCCUGCGUAAUUCUAUCACCUGGAUGGGAGGUUCUGGCUCUCUACCCUCAGAUCCAACCCAACCACCAGGUCCCAGACCUUCUCCCCUGGUUCAGGAAGACAAGCCUCUCAUCAGGAAUCAUGUGCACGAACUCAGCAACGAUGUGGAAAGUGAGGAAGAGGAGGAACAGACAGAAACAGCUGAAGCAGAGGAGGACAAACACGACCAGUUUGAUGUCAUCCAGCCAUAUCUGGGAAAGUCCACCAUCUCCAACCUGGGUUCCUCUGGGAACGGGGGGGCCAAGUCCCUCACCGCCAACUCUAAAAAACCCGUACUGUUGCUUCUUCUGCUCCUGACUUCUGCUCUCAGCUGGGUGUAGACCAGUACAUGCAGAACACACACACACACACACACACACACACACACACACACACACACACACACACACACACACACACACACACACACACACACACACACACACACACACACACACACACACACACACGCUGUAUGUUAGUGAUGGGAUUUAUGGCUUUUUCAUGGGAGCCGCUCAUUAGUCGGUCGUUUACCUCAAAGAGUCGUUCAAAAGACUGGCUCCGUUGAAUGAAUUGAAGCCAAGAGAGCGGGUGGGGUUGGGGGUGGGAGUGGGGGGAUGGGGGUAUCAAGAGCAACGUCUUCUUGCGGUGUCUGUGAAGGCGCACGGGGCUGGUUAGCGUUCCUCCCAUAGAUAUGUAUAUAAACACGUGUUUGUAUACAUAUCUAUGGUUCCUCCUACGUCCGUCACAGCAGUGGGUGGGGUUUGAGCGGGUGAGUUUGACCGACUUCCGGAGAGGUUUGUUAACAUGAACGGCUCUCUACAGGGACUCGACUCAUUCACUUUGAAAACCCGUUCAAAAGAUUUGAUUUGUUCGUGAAUGUCACAUGACUACUGUAUGUUAUCACUUACAUGGAAUGGCUCUGCCAGCAACCGUGGACUGAUUGUUAAUGGACUACAUAUUUUUGCCAUCCUCUGAUUUCUGUCGUCUUGGAUCUGACUGUAGCAUCAGUGAAGUGUUGUUGUUCUCAUGCUAACCUCAACCAGUCCACACACACACAUCUCACCUGAACAUGUGUUUCAUGCAACACCACCUGUCUUAGUGCUACUGGCUAACACUAGCCGCUGUCAUGAGUUCACUUUACGUAGCUUAGAAGUAAAACUAAAACACAGAUUCACAAAAGGCUCUGAUGACGGAGCAAUCAGAGGCUCACACAAUACAAAAUAUUAUGAUAAAAUCCAAAACCGUUACCAGUGUGAUGAAGCAACAAUGCUACCUAGCAUCAUGACAGCAGCUUCUGUUGCUGCAGGUCUCUAUUUGUGUAAAGUGUCUCCAGUACUAGACAUCCACUCAAACGUGUCUGCGGACUGCUUGGGUGUUGGUGGACAUUUUUGUUAACCUCCCUUUUAUAAAUCAAUCCACUAAUGCUAAUGUACUAAAGCUAUGUCUUGCUAACGUAUUAGCAAUCCAAGAGCUAAAUUGCUGCAAAGAUCUGAGACAGAAAUUGGACAUUUCAUUGGUAGCAAAAAAGACAUAGCAUGAUGUUUCUUACUUUUAUUUAUGAUUUCUUGUUUAUUUAGAAUGUCUUUUGGGUUUUUAUGCAAGGAGAUUCAGUGAUGGUAACCACUUAACUAGCUUUUUUCAGUAUUGUAUCGCUGGCUUGAUAAGUCGUGCUACAAAACUGUAACUUAUUAAACUGAAAUUAAAAAUAUCAAGAAAAGGCCCAAGAGGUUUGGCUACUUGAAGCUGACGAGUUUAGCAUCCAAGGAAAACUAUAAGAGUGUUACCAAACUAUUUCAAACAAAAACAGCGGUCGGCCACAUCGUAAUGACCGCUUUUGUGCCUAUAAACGAUUAUGAUAAUGAUAAAUGAUCCGCACUUGUAUAGCGCCUCUCAGAGUAAGGACUCCAAAGCGCUUUACACUACAGUGUAUCAGUCAUCCAUUCACACACACAUUCACACACUGGUGGGGAUGAGCUACGAUGUAGCCACAGCUGCCCUGGGGCGCACUGACAGAGGUGAUAGUGGACGUUGAUGUAAUCCUUGUGUCAACAUUUAUGUGGAUGAACUAAAUCAGCUCCCAGCUGGACCACGUGUGGGCUCAGAAAAGAACCAAAUGUAACGGGAUGUAAGGCAAACGCCCUACAUGCCACUCCCUCAUCAGGACCAGGAUGUGUCCUGCAGGCAGACACUCUGGGACACCCUGAUACUGUGUUUAUUUCUCACAGGUCAGAGCUGUUUUUGCAUCAUGAAGCGGUCAUAAUGUUAUGGCUAAGUGUUGAAAGAACAACUCCUGGCAAACUAAGUCUUGCUGAAUAUGAUUAAAGCCAACUUCCAACAGCUAAAGAGCACAGUCCCAUGCCUCAGACGAGCCAGAUGGUCCGGAAACAACAAACCCAUUAAACCUUACAUAUCCGCCUAGAUGUGUUUCACCUGUCCUCACACACAUGCAUGCACACACACAUUUGCACACAUGCUGCAUGAUGCUAUGAGUCAGUUGAGCACUUUCUGGCUUUAUUGCUCUCUCACUGUCCGCGUCGCACUCCCAGGUGAUGCAGAACCGGGAUCCGUGCUGCUACAGGCACCAAUAUGAAUAAAGCCGUCAUAAUAAAAACAAUACACCAGAAACAAAUACGAGCUCUAAAGUAAAAUGGCAGAACAAAUCAAAUUGCUCCCCAGCAGGCAAAAAGAAACAUGCUACUCCUGACACUGACAGAAGCAAAAACAAAGAAAGUGAGAGGCGAAUGAAGGAGAAGGGAAGAAAAGAACGAAACCUGGCCGAGUUCCCGUGUGGUCUUUGUGCUUUUGAUGUUUCACUUGUUUUUAGUUUGGAGGCUGAUAAUCAGUCCCUGACAGCAUCUCUUUAUCAUUUGACAGCUCCUGUGGGUAUGUGUGUGUGUGUGUGUGUGUGUGUGUGUGUGUGUGUGUGUGUGUGUGUGUGUGUGUGUGUGUGUGUGUGUGUGUCGUGCGGGUUUAGAAACAGCGCACUACAGCGAGAACAGACCCCAGAGCACAAACAGCAGAGAAUCGCAGCCUCUUGAUUUUCUGUGUUUUAUAAAUCUUUUGCCGACGCUAACUUUUUUCCUUGUUCUUUUCCGAUUCCUGAGGAACGUGUGAAAUUAACUUCCAUCCUACUGGUGCCAGUGACAGAGCAGAGAGAGAGAGAGAGACGGAGGCAAAGCAUGGAGGAAAGUUAGCAGGUAAGAAAGGUGAGGUGAGAAGGAAGCAAGGGAAGGGACAAACAGGAAGGUGUAAAAAGACAAAGAGGAACCCAAGACAGGAAAAUAGGAAAAUACUAACGAUAAUCAGGAAAAAGAUACAAAAGGCUGAAGAAAAGAAGAAGAAAAGUAAGGUAAGCAAAGGAAACUAGCAACAACAGGUUGGAGGGAAGUGAUAGUGACUAAAUCAGGGUGGAUUAGAUGGUCAGGAAGAGACGGAGUAAAGUGUAAGAAGUUAAACAGGAAACGCUCACAAAAAUACGCCGUGGGUGAAAGAGACUGGAGAAAAGUAAAGGAACUGGAAGAAUGCACAAAAAGGGAAAGAAAAAAAGAGAAGAGGAUAAAUGUGGUGAGGAGAUAGAGA